CUCCAGUACCUGAUGGAAGGCAGUUACAACAAAGUCUUCCUGGCCAAAGGCAACAUCCCGGCCGAGAGUUACGCCUUUUUCAUUGACAUCCUGCUGGACACUGUCAGGUGUGUUUUGCUCCCCUCAGUUUGGGGACAUGGGCGCGGCUGGCUCCUGGGUUCCAACAACCAUUACUGCUUCACGGGGCAGCAGCAGAAGCCGGAAGACGCCACCAUCCCCUCCACGGAGCUGGCCAAGCAAGUCAUCGAGUACGCCCGGCAGUUGGAAAUGAUCGUCUGAACGCGCCCCUCGCUGCAGGCUGGGACUGUGGGCUGUGGCUUUUUCCUCCAUAUUUUUCUUUGUGUGUGACUGUGCACGCCGGUUCACAUCGAUCCGGCUGCCUUUUGUCUUAAAACGGGGAAGAUGGGAGCCAUUGGGGGGGGGUUGGGAUGAGGUGAGUGUCUCUGUUUGAGUAAAGCCAAUAAGUCUGGUGGUCCACAUGUCAUUCGAAGUCAUUUUGUUCCUUGGCCCCAGGUGGAGAGAGGUCCUCUGAGCAUGGACAGAGAAGCUGAUUGGCCUUGGGUUUUGUUUUUUUUUGACUGCCAAAUCAAGGGCGGGACUUCCUGUUUUACCGCCAAAGGGCCCAUUUAUUAUAUGGUCAUGAAUAUAUACAGAAUCCCCUGGUUUGGACCAGAAACGGAUUCCCUCUGCUGUCUGAUCCGAACCGAAUUAAAUAGUUCUCCCAAGAA